ACACACUAGUGAAUGAAUCACCUAUGACGCGACUUGCAGGGCGUCUCCCAAGCGAAACGGCAAAAAGGCAACUCAGGAAGGAUCAUAGUCCCCUCUCCUAACAUGCGUGUUACAAGGGCAUCCAUGUCACUCGAUGACUUGCAAAAUUUGUUUCAAACUGGAAUAGAGAGCUGUACGUCUGAUAACCCAGCAAACCGUGACGGUCCGGAGGAAGCAAGUGAUUUUGAACGUCUUAUGGGCCCUGUGCUGCCAGAGUGCUUGGAAGUACGCUGCCAGGUACAAGACAGCGAUUGCAGGACGGACAGCUUUGGCACUCUUCUUCGACCCUUGUCUCGGUACGAGGUGUCGGCUGCAAUAAAGUAUGCGUCCGCGUGUGGUGCGGCAGCUCUUCCUUCAUCGGCACAGGGAACUAUAUUGAGAAAGUUGCGACUCCGUCGGGAAAGGUGUCAGUCAGGUAUUCAAGGGCUAGACUUCGUCGAUCACAAUUCCUUGACCUCCUUACCCCCUCAAUUACCGCCUCAGCUGCCACAAUCAAGCAUUCUUAACUUACUAAAAUCUAUCCGAACGACACCUUACGAAACAUCUUUCUUAUCACGCCUAUGUGGGCGUAGACUAUCUACAGACUCAGGGUUAGUUGCAGUAGAUUGGGAAACCAGAUCUCCUUGGAUGGAACUGAUGACAGAUGUGCGAGAACACUACUCAUACGCGCACCCUGCAUCAUCUCAAUCAUUUGAAGAUCCGCUUCCAAUCCGUUACGUCUCUCUGCAGCCGUCACACCUCCCGCAGGUACAUGAGUUAUUAGCUAGAGUAUUUUGGGAUGGAAUUGAUGUCAGCGACUUGCUUCAGUCUUCCCCUGAGCGUUGCUCGGUGAUUGCCAUGUAUGGCAAAGUUGUCAUCGGCGUAGCUCUUUUGAGCUCGGCCCAGGAAACAUACAUCACAUAUCUAGCCGUCAGAGCAGGCUGGCAUAAUUGUCAGAUAGCAACUACUAUGCUAUAUCACCUAAUUAUGCUCAAUCCGUACAGUGAUAUCACACUUCACGUAGCUGCUAAUAAUCCAGCGAUGUUGCUAUACAAUAGAUUUGGGUUCAAGGCCGAGGAGUUCGUCGUAGGGUUCUACGAAGAUUACCUGGACUCUCAGUCAAGGGCAUCUAUGAAUGCAUUCAGAUUGCGCCUUCGACGAUGACAAAAUGAUCCUCAGAUUGGCAGUGAUCUGAUCACUGGAGCGAUGGGGACUCGUCGAUCCAGUACUCCCAG